AUGAAGCUCUGUAAUUUGCCGGUGGUAAUGCUACACGAGAUUCUCGAUCAUGUAUUCCUCUCCCUUCCCGCUCUCUUCCCUGUAACUGACCCGAGAACAGAUAUCAACACCGAUAGACUUCUCGAACCUCGCCCUAACGAGCAAAUGGCUUCAACACCUCGCUGCUCCACGACUCUACAGACGCCUGGAGUUCACUCUAUCAUCUACAACGGAAACGAUGAAAUUCUGCGAGUGUCUGCUGAUGCAGGGCAGAGGACAGGAUUGGCGGCACUGGACGCGGAGCGUGCACGUCAGUGAUGAGGUGCGCGAGGGGUCCGGUCGGCGGAGGAGUCCUAUUUGGAGCGGACUUGCGGGAGUGCUGGAUGGGUUAGCUAGCCGCGGGCUGGACGAAUUUGAGUAAGUUUUACUCUUCGGUUGAGGAAGGAAAAGUAUGGAUUGACUUUAGCUAGCUAGAUGGGAUUCCCGCGAUGUGCCGCCCCUGAUCGUCGUCGAAUCACUAUUAGGCUUGCGCUCACUGCGCAGUCUGAAGCUGGAGAUGCCUCUUCGUCCGCAAAAUCACACCUUCCUGGAGAGGUUGGCCGUGGCCCACGCGGAACAUCUACGGUCUAUGCAUAUCUGGGGGAUACAAAACGACGGACAGAUGAAUCGGGUCGGGAAAACGGUGGGUUUCGCUAGGGGAUUGAAGGAUUUGAGUCUCUGUGUGGCAGCGGAUUGUGAUUGGGAGGACGAUGAGGACGAGGACGAGGAGUAUUCUUCUUCCUCCUCCGAAGCCGGCGGGGAGAGGGAGGUGGAACCGGAGGAUACGGAUAAAUGGAUGACCCUACCAGCCGGCGUCCAUAGUACACUGUCUAGCAUAGAGCUAAAUGGCUUGUUCAAUCUUCGCGAUUCGCUCCACUUCUUCAACCCCGCCACCCUCCGGCGUUUAGAGCUUCGCCAAUGUACCGGCUACAAUUCCCUCCUUCAUGCCCUCUCCUCCCACCCUGACAUACGAAACAUGGAAGAAGUGGUUUUGGGUUCCUGGGAGAAUUGCGACAUCGCCCGGGUCUCGGAAUUUAUCUGCUCCUGUCCAAAGCUCAAGAUCCUACUCCUAUCACUAAGCUCCUACGCGCUCACAAACGAUCUAAUGCGUAGCGUAAUCCCGGCAGUAGAGACCUCGAGAGCAACCCUAGAAGUCCUACUUCUAGACUUCCGCCACCAAAGCAGAAUCGGCAGUGCAAGAGACAACAAUAGCGGUAGCAACAGCAACAACACCUGCGUGGACAAAACCCUCUACCAGAACCCCCGCUGGCUAUCCUCCAUCAAGACCUUCCCCCGGAUUCGCGAAUUAGGCGUGAGCAUCGACCUGGCGGACCUGACCUCCCUGCCGGAAAUCUCCACGAUCCUGCCUCCCGAUAUACGAGUCCUGGACCUCCGCUUCCCUUGGCAAACUGUUGAACGCGACCGCGGGUUGCGCACCGCGCAGAUUCAGUCCCUCGUCGACGCUUCGCCCGACACUUCGCGCCUGAAAUUGGUGAUCCUAGGCGAUGGGGACGAUUACGAAGCGUGCACCUCCUACGAGGUUCUCCGCGACGUGGAGACGGGGGGCGCGGCGGUAGUCGCGCCCGCUAACGGGCCGAGGGGUAGUAUGGUCGCUGGAUGCGAUCAUAAAUUGUACAAGCUUAGAGGGGAUUGUUUUUUUAUUUAA